CAUUCUUCGACCACAUCCUACUUCGAACUUCUCGGUUGGCCCGUACCGCCCGCGGUUCGAUCAUCAAGUUGAUGCUCGACCAAUCUUCUGUCUUCUCCGAACCAUGUUAAGUUUUGUGUGAUCAAAACUUAACAUUACUCCAAAUAUGUAAUCUCCCAAAAGCUUGGCUCCAGAUUCUGACUUUUCCUUGCUCGACCAUUUUAUCCCGAAGGAAAGGUUAUCACAGUGGAAACAUAAAUAGUCGGUGGAAUUGAUCGCUGGUGCCUUUCAUGGACGCUAAUAUUUUCAGCCACAUUCUUUGUUUAUAAAAAGUUUGUCGCUUCUUUACCCAGCGACAAUAAAUAGCUUAGUUACCGUCGUUUUGCGCUAUAUUUGAUUCAGUCACCAUUGUUUUUUUCUUUCAUCGCUACCGCUGAAGCUAGUCUCCGUAAUUAUAUUGUCACUACUAUGAUGUUCGUCGUCUAUGUAACACCCCAAAACCCAAGUCCAAAAAAACUUUUGUGGACAGGCCCGCUCUGCGGCCCAGUUGGAUUAAAACCCUAGGGUUCCUUGCUUCCCCUAUAAAAGCAAGCCUCCACCCUUAGUCUUCCAUCACAAAUUUAGAAGCGAAGCCCUGCAGAGAAGUCCCGGAGAUCAGAAACCCUAGCCGUCGUCUCUUUCUUUCUCUCUCCCUGCGCCGCUUCUCUUCUCUUUCUCUCUCUUCGCCGCGGCUCUUCUCUCUCUCUCUCCUCGCCGCGCCUCUUUCUCUCUCUCGGACGACUCUCUCUCUCCUCGCCGUGAGCAGCCGUGAGUGGUGGGGGUAGCCGUGUGGCGUCGUCGAUCUCAGAUCUCACCUCUCUUGCAUCUCAGAUCCAGAUCCAGAUCUAGGCUAAGAACUAUAAGUGGAAAUGUCGACGGUAAGGAAGGAAAUGCACCUGAAACUCAUGGGACCAGAAACGGGACACACGGAGAUGUCGGAAAAGUAGACAUGUGUGUCCUAAACCCCGCGCCCUGGAACCCCGGUUGGAAAUGGGGAGGGACGGGUGUUUCAAUUGGUAUCAGAGCCAGGUUAAGGUCCCUUAAUACUAACUUAAGGGAUCAGCAUUUCUCACCAUUGCCCAUUUCCCUUAUGGUUCUGUUCGACCGUCAUAGCUAAUGUUGAAGGAGAAUUCGAACAGCUCACAGUUUCCGGCCGAGAUCGGGUUAACAAAAAGUCUUCGUACUGCGGUGUAGUGGAGUUUCAGAGGUUCAGGAAUGGGUAACAAGGAGUUGUAAGGCAAGUAUACAGAGGGAUUAGUCGCCUAGCACGCCAAGUCAAAGGGGUAAUGGAAAGCCGGACAUUCGAGCUGGAGGGAAGCGUCUCGCGGACGACACCGCCCCACACCGGGCCGGGGAGGCCUGGGAAGGAGAGACGGACGCAAGGCCGAGGCGUGCGCAGCUUCAUGGAAGGAUUAAACCCUGCAAAGAAAUGGACUUCUGGCAUUCAGAUAUCACUGUGAAGCUUGUUCCUAGUAAAAAAAAAAAAAAAAAAAAAAAAAAAAGAAACAUGGGCGUGGGCCCCACCACCAGGGCGUGGGCCGCCGACGAGGACGGAGCAACACCGGAGCGGCCAAGGGACGGUCGGAUGCACAGUAGGAGGAAACUGAUUCCAGAUUAGGGUAACUAAGCAAAGGAUCAUCUUGGGGUAAAAAGGACGAUGGAGGAUCAUCUUGGGGUAAAAAGGAUGAUGGAGGAUCAUCUUGGGGUAAAAAGGAUGAUGGAGAGUCAUCUUGGAGCAGAAUGCAAAAUGCUAAUAAGGAUAUGAGAUCUUCUUAGGGAAAAAGGGUUGACUGUAAAAAGGAUCAUCUUGGGGCAAAAAGGGAUGAUAAGAACCACACCGGGGAUAUUGUCUGUUUAAGCAGCUCUAGCUUGAGAAUUGAUUGAAAACUGCCAUCUAUGCAUGACUACUACUAUGUUCUGAUCAGGUCUUUGUUUUUACGCUGCAAGAUGUCUUCACCAGUGCAUCACGAGCUCGGAGAAAGGCGCAUGCGCUAUGGACCAAAAGGGACAAGGGCUUACGCCCGCAAGCCUUACCGUGACGCUUGGGGCGAUGUGGUACCUGCACUCUUCCCAGACGAAGAGGAAAUGGAGUUCGCGGAGCCGCCGAACGCCCCCAUCCAGGAGACGACCGUGAGGCGUCGGAUUUUGAUGCCCCAUUUCCAGCGGGCAGCCGAGUACAGGCGAUUGUACCAGGGUCAGGGUACUUUCCAGUUUGCACCUGAAGUUGACACGAUGCCGCCCACAAGGGGCCGAGGGCGCCCUAGGAAGACGGGGCCGACCAGGGAAGGUCCGGGACCGAUCCGGAUGGAAGACAGUGUACCAACGAGGAAGCGGGGACGCCCAAGGAAGAUUCCGAGCAUUGAUGCAGAGAGUCUGAGGAGAGUAACCGGAAUAUGUCGGUGUGGAACAUUGACGCAGGCCAGGCAAGGACCGCGCUCAGUCCGGGAGUACACAGAGGAAUUCCUGGAGUCAGACAAAAGAUGCAAGCCCAAGACAGCGGAGGAUUGGUGCCGGUGGUAUACGGCAGGACUCCGCGAGGAGAUUCGGGGCAAGCUGAUUGGUGUGUUGGAACCAUGGGAAUUCGCCUUGGUGAACCGGAUGGCCGGUCAGGCAAUGGAGGCUGAACGGACACUCGCUCGUCGGGUCGUCGCCAUCUCGAGCUCUGAGGAGGACGUAGAGGUGGAGGAGGAUCCAUCGGAGGACUCAGCGUGGGAAGAGGAGCCGGCGUCGUCGACAGGGAGUGGCCGCGUGGCUGGUCCUAAGCCGGAAGGGGAGCAGAAGUCUCCAGUACGAAGUGGCUAGAUGUGAUUUCUGAGUCAGCUAGAAGGAGUAGGACACGGUUUUUCUUCCUUCCGUAUUGGUUUUAGCUUUUCAUUCCUGUUAUAAGGGUAUUCGCGGAUUUUGGCGAUACCUUGAGACCUAUCUAUUUAUUGUAGUCCUACUCUAUUUCAUUUAUUAAAUUCAUUGUUGGUUUUAAAUGAUCUUGAGCAAGUAGGAUGUCAUUUCGUGCUUCCCUUGAUUGUGUUUGAAAACUCCCCUCGGGUUUUGGAUGUUAAGGUUUAAAGCCUGAAGAUUGGAAUUCGGGGCGAAUUCCGAUUAACAGGGGGAGAAUUGUAACACCCCAAAACCCAAGUCCAAAAAAACUUUUGUGGACAGGCCCGCUCUGCGGCCCAGUUGGAUUAAAACCCUAGGGUUCCUUGCUUCCCCUAUAAAAGCAAGCCUCCACCCUUAGUCUUCCAUCACAAAUUUAGAAGCGAAGCCCUGCAGAGAAGUCCCGGAGAUCAGAAACCCUAGCCGUCGUCUCUUUCUUUCUCUCUCCCUGCGCCGCUUCUCUUCUUUUCUCUCUCUUCGCCGCGGCUCUUCUCUCUCUCUCUCCUCGCCGCGCCUCUUUCUCUCUCUCGGACGACUCUCUCUCUCUCUCGCCGUGAGCAGCCGCGAGUGGUGGUGGGUAGCCGUGUGGCGUCGUCGAUCUCAGAUCUCACCUCUCUUGCAUCUCAGAUCCAGAUCCAGAUCUAGGCUAAGGUGAGGUGUUCUACCCAGAUCUCUUUCAUGUUCUUCUAUAUUGUUGAAUGUGGAUCUAGGAUUGAGUAGAUCCUGGUUGUUGUUAGGUUGAUAGACCAUAUUGCAUUAGAACUCUCGUACUGAUUUAAGAUUCUAAAUAAACUGGUGUGUUGGUGAUUGAUUGAUUGUUUGACUGGUUGAAGAUCUGUGGUUGUGAUUGAGAGCUAGGAUGGUUAGAAAGAAAUGAACGUAGGAUAAUAAGAGAAUUGUUAACCGGUCUGGUUAGAUGAAUUAUAGGAUAUCUAUGAAUGAUUGUUAGCUGGAUUGAGUGUGACACCGAGAACGGGUGGCGUCUAAAAAGGAAAGUAAGAAAGAGUCUAAGGGUUUAAGGAAAAGGAAAUGAUAAGGAAAAAGGAAAGGUUGAAUGAUUGAAAUACGAUCCACCGAGGAACUGGUGGGGAGUAUGGGAAUGAAUAGAAAUGGAAUACGAACCACCGAGGGACUGGUGGGGAGUAUGGGAAAACGCGGCGGCCGUAGCGUUCAAAAACGGCAGGUUAAGAAUAGAGGCGCCGGUAAGAUUGAGUCACGCCGAGUCUUGGCGGGAAGGGGCCGUAAUACACUGCAAAGGGUAUAGACUACAUCCAAGGGAACCGGAUGCCGAGUGUACCAGGGCAGGCGGCUCCACAGGAACGCAGCAAGAAAGGGGAGGGUUGGUCCGCUUGAGCUGUGUAGGUCCUAGAGUUAUAGGAUGAAUGGAGUCUUAAAUAAUAAACCGAAAUGUGUGAAUUGAGCGAUGACUGAGUUCAUUGCACUGCUUGUUUUGUGAAAUGAAUCCUUAAUAGUUAAUUAAGAAUUGGGUGUAGUGACUAGUCGGUUCUCGUUUCGCAUUGAGCGGUAUAAAAGCUCAUGGGGGAGACUGGUCUAGAAUCGCUUCACUGAGUAUUAAUACUCACCCCUCUUUUCCCUCUCCCAUUUUUGCAGAACUAUAAGUGGAAAUGUCGACGGUAAGGAAGGAAAUGCACCUGAAACUCAUGGGACCAGAAACGGGACACACGGAGAUGUCGGAAAAGUAGACAUGUGUGUCCUAAACCCCGCGCCCUGGAACCCCGGUUGGAAAUGGGGAGGGACGGGUGUUUCAGUCUAAGUAUAAUACAAUUUUAUAGUAAAGACAAGAAGAUUUACCAAGAUUGAAUGGAAUUGAGGAUAAUGUUUAAUAAUUUAAAUUAUGAGAGUAAUCACAAGUUUUGGUGGUGUGAUUUGGUGCGUCCCCACUCUUGCAAGUUGCAUCUGGCAAUAUUUAAACGCAAGACAUAAUAACCUCAGGAUACCGUAAAUCCGUAAUCAAUUUUAAAGUUCAAUAGAGAAGUGCUUUGCAAACGUUUAUUUCAAUUUUCAAGUUCGUAUUUCUAACAUACUCUCUUGUAGAAGAAACUGAUAACCUGAUUUCUCUUAAUAGUAUGUUCAACAAAAAUAGUAAAUGAAUAUAAAUCUUGUGAUUUUGCUAGCCAGUUAUUUUUUAAGGAAAUGAAAUCAAAACCAACGAAUGUUUGUUAAUCAAAAGCGGCAAACGAGAAAUGAGUCGCAUUGACCUGUGAGAAACAAUGGCCCUUCGAGUACACUUUUGGAUCAUCAAGCUGAUAUGAAAUUAUAUUUUCAAGAAAUUUGAUUACAUCACAUUACUUGGGUAAUUAAACUAUAACUUUCGAUGUUAGGUCAAUUCUUAUUUUAAUUUCCAAUGGUUUUAUUCUCCUCGCAAAAAUCUACACAUAGUGGUUGGUUUGUUCUUUUGAUUAUUGGUCCACGCCGCAAAACAAGAUCACCAACAAGUUUUCUGAGUUUUAGACCCAUGAAUAAAUGAUUAAUCAUAAUAACAAGAAAAAACAAUAAUGUAAAAUUUCUAAAAUUUUACGCAUAUUAUAAAUAUUUAUAAUUAAAUCUGUUUUUUUUAUUUCUUCGAUAAAAUUGUUAAUAGCUAGCAACUGAUAACAUUUAAUCAGUUCAAAUUUUUUAAUUAAUAUUUAAUAAAAAUGCUCAGAAAAUUUGAAAUUUGAAAUUUUUAUUUUUAUGUAAAAAUGUCUAGAACAUAUCUUUUAGAAAUGAAUGAGUAUUUUAAUUUUUCAAGCUAUAUUUAUAAAUCUCUUUUGAAAACGGGUAGAGUAUCUGUUAAUCAAAAUACACCUAAACAAAACAUAAAUCAUUUCGCUUUAUUUUAAUGUUAUAAACUAUAUAUAAAUAUAUAUAAAAAAAACUUGGUAAAAUAAUUGAAGAAGUUUUUUUUUACAAAAUUUAGCUUUAUUUUAAUUUAGCAAACUAUCUAUAUAUAUAUAUAUAUAUAUAAACAACUUGGCAAUACAAUUCAAGAAGUUCAAGAAAAUCUUUCAUCACGAACGUAACUUGAAAAUGAUGCGUAACCACGGGUUCUCUCUACUUGAUGGACUCUUCACACCAUAAUCACACACGAUUGGUCCUUCAAACAUCGGAACUAGAGAAGAAUAUAUAAUAUAUAAUUGUUUGACGCAAAGCAGCGGCUGCUAUUAUAUUUACAUCAACUUCAACUCAUAUAAAUCUUGUACUGGACACAAAAUAACCAUUGAAUCUCUUUCAGACAGACACACACACACACGCGCAAGAGAGAAAGAGAGAGAGAUUUUUGAAUCAUUCGAUGUUUCCACUAAUUAACGAGAAGCCACAUCGGUCCGUACAGACCACCGCGGGAACGCAAGAGCAGAUGUUAUGUCAUGUAAGCUCUCUUUGACAAGGAAUGAUUGCCGUUCUCCAAACUGCUUUAGACGGCAAGCAGUGUGCUCGCUUCUCUCGUCUCUGUCAUUUGCUUUGCUCUCUCUAUCUUCUCUUCUUUACUAAACACAAUCUGAUGUUUUAGAGAAAGUAGUUUGUCCCCCAUUUUUUUCUUUACGCAUAAUCUUUUCUAAUAGUAUAAUACUUGUAACCAAUGUAACAUCGGGGAAAUAUAUCAAGUAUGAGUUCAUCAAAUGAAUAGAACUUUUGGAUUAUCUAGUGAAUUUUUUGAAAUUCAUGUUUAAGUGUCGUUGAAAAAGUUUACGGUAAAGAAAAUGUAAAACUAUACUCUCAGUUUUAUAAAAAGUGUCACACAUAUUUUGUUAAAAUACAUUUAUAUUUUUAUUAGUUACAUAUAUUUAGCUAAGUAGUAUUUAGAUAAAUAAAAUUAUUUAUAAAUCAAAACAUUUUGAAAUUAAUAUUAAAUUUAAUGUAAAUAGAUUACAUUGAAAUUUAGAAUAACAUUUUUUGUACAACAAAAAAAAUAUCAAACUAACACUUUUUAUAAAACAGAAAAUAUGAUUUAAUAAUAUCCUUUAUAAAACAGUAAUAUGUUUUUUUUUUCUGAACAUGAGAAUGUACAGCUCUACAGAUCCAAAAACCUCAUAGUCCCAAUAACCAAAAGCAUAUGUAACCUAGUUAUUCACGUUUUGACAAUUCUGAAAUACACUAGACUGGGACAAACUUUUUUUUUUGAUGCAUUAAUAAACAACAGCAUAAGAAUCAAUGAUCAAAUGUAGAACACUGAAACAGACAUCUAAUACAGAGAUCUCUGGUGAAAGUAAAAACACCAAAAGAAGAGAAUCUCCUGAAUCAUUACAAGAAAAACAUUAUGUGACAUAUUACAUACAAAGCAGAUUUUUUUUUCUUGCUAUAUAUCAUUCACAAGCGAGUUUAGUAUCAAAACUGCUCAAACAUAUAGCAAAAGCCUGAAAC